AUGAGUUACGUCGCUAAGGGUGAGAAGGAGUUCGACGCCACUGGCGCACCCGUCCCUGCCGCCAAGAUUCACAAGAUCCGCAUCACCCUCACCAGCAGCAACGUCAAGAACUUGGAAAAGUUCUCUACCGACCUGAUUAACCGCGCCAAAGACAAGCAACUCCGCGUGAAAGGUCCCGUCCGCCUCCCGACCAAAGUUCUCAAGAUCACCACCCGCAAGACUCCUUGCGGUGAGGGUUCCAAGACCUGGGACCGCUACGAGCUCAAGAUCCACAAGCGCCUCAUUGACCUGCACUCCUCGAGUGAGAUUGUCAAGCAGAUUACGAGUAUCAGCCUGGAGCCCGGUGUGGAAGUCGAGGUCACCAUCUCUGCUUAA